UAAGUGCAGUUGAUAUGACAUCUGGCUACUGCUGCGAUUCAACUGCUGCAGGCCUAUUACGAAUUAGAGGGUCAGGCAUAGCUCAACCAUAUAUGCUACUCGCAGAUCCGAAUCCCAGUUUUCCCGGUGGUCUCACCUCAGCAAUAUGUUGGGAGGGGACUUUCCAUAUUGAUGUUACGAAAUUCAAGGGUUGCUUCGGUGUCCAAGCACAUUUACCUCACCAAGUGUCUGAUAAAGCGGUUGACAUUACAAAAACUAUGGAUGCAAAUUUAAAGUUUAAUGUACUGCCUCGCAUAAGGAUUUGGCCAACAGCGUUUCAAAUAGAUCCUGUCGAUCAUCAAGAUGUUGCAUUAUACUUCCUCCCCUCCAAACAUGAGAGGUCUAAAGAGAACUACAUGCACCUUGUGAAGUAUAUAAAUGCCAAUGAUUUUUCUCUGCUAAGUCAAGUGGGAAACAUAGAGUUAAUGAUAUUUUCAUCUGAACAGUUGUCUACAGAUAAUGAAAGUAAGGAGAUGUAUCUAUGGGGAAUAUUUCGUAAGGUGAGAAGAAAGAAUGUCUGCCGCAUUGAACCAAAUGCUCCUGCUGCAACGAUCAGCUUCAGCAAUCAACGAAAUAACUCCAUCGAGAAAAAGUUUAACUCAGUAACCGAUAAAGUUACACAAGCAUCUGCUGAGGAUGGAAAUAACUUUUGCAAAAAGCCUAAACUUGAGGAUAUUGAUGAAGUCUUUCCAGAUGUUCCUCCAGGUUUCUCUAGUCUUCCGGCUACAUUACACCAAACAAACAACAAAGCAACAGAUAUUGGACAAGUACCAAAAGAAGCACAUGCUGAUGCUACAAUCAAGCUGCCUCGGAGGUCACCUAGACUAAAUCCAACACGCAACUGCCUUCGGAGUAGGGAGGGGAAAUAAGUUUAAAACCGGCCAGCGAAUAGUACGAGGAAGAUAUAGUUCCACUUUACGUUACUAAAAUGAUCGAAGAAGAAGUCUUAGGAAAUUUUGCAUCCGGAUUAUGAACUAUUUACCAUUUAAUCUCUUCCUAUAAUAUUCCCAACGGAGAAUCAAUUAGCUAUUAUGCUAGAUCUCAACUGAUGAGAACAAGCUACUGUACGUGCUUUUCCUUUUUUACGUUCUUGAGGAUGAUACGCUGAACCUAAUAAGAAUAACAUUUUAUGCUUGUUGGUUGCUUUAUGAAUCUCG